CCCUCUCUCUCUCUCUCUCUCUCUAGCUUCUCUCUCCUCCUCCUCUUCUCCCCAUUCUGAUCUCUGACACCGCGGCGGCCAUCUCCCCCAUCUCGAUGGCGGCGCCGCCGCAGCCGCAGCCGGAGCCGGAGCCCGCCGCGGGCGGCGCGGGGCUGGAGGCGCUGGAGGGGCUCGCGCUGGACACCGUCAUCGCCAAGGCCGGGGCGCGCCAGGCCGCGGCGCUGGCCUGCGCCAGCACGCGCCUCCGCGACGCCGCGGGCGACGACGCGCUGUGGCGCCGCUUCUGCGCCGACGACCUCGCCCUCCACGCGCCGCUCGCCCCCGACGGCCGCGCGCUCCCUUCCUUCAAGGAUGCCUAUAAAGUUUGGUUGGAGUCUUUUGGCAUGUAUCCUUUACCUCUGGUAAGGAGAGUGAAAAUUUUCUGGAGUUCGCUGAAGAGCUGGCUGUCUGAAAACUUCCCUGAAGCACACAAGACAUUGAAUAAAGGUGUUUCUGAAGCUCAGAUACAAUCAGCAGAGGAUGAUCUUGGAUUCAAGCUCCCUUUGCCGACAAAGCUGCUCUAUCGUUUUUGCAAUGGUCAGCUGCCCCUUAGUGAACAUCAUCACGAGAAUAUGCGAAUGGCUCAUCUUGGUAUUAUAGGAGGCUAUGUGUUUUAUGACCACUUGAUCAAUGUUCACCUGUCACCACUUGAGCAAAUUGUUGAAGAGACGAAAGAAUUUUAUCGUGAGUUCUAUGACCAAGGUGUUUUUAAUAUGACAAAUCUCAUUAUAGUGGCAACUUCAUGGUAUCGUCCAAAAACAUUUUUCCUUAAUUGUUCAGAUGACCAACUCUAUGUUGGCACCAUCAAUUUACAAGAUGGAGAAAUGUUGCCAUGUGUACCGAAAUCACUGAUAAGGCCAACUAAUACUGAUAUGCCCCAAGAUGGAUUGCUUCUGUGGUUAGAAGAGCAUCUUAGGCGUUUACAGAAUGGCAUGAUCAAGAUCCGUAUGCUUAAGACGUCAAGGUAUAUCAGCUUAUUUCCAGAAGCAUCCCCAUCAUGUACGUCCGCAAUGACAAAUGGUGUGAAGGUACGUGCAUCUGCUGUCUUUGCACCAGAGCACCCUGAAAGUAGGCGGCCUGGGGCUAAAUGUUUAUAUGCAUACUCCAUUCGCCUGUCAGUUCCAGAGGCAUGCAUGCUAGGUGGUGUGUACUAUUCCUCGUGCCAGCUUUACUCGCGCCACUGGAUCAUCCGAUGGAGAGACCGGGUUGUUUCUGAUGUGAACGGGGAAGGUGUUAUUGGGAAGUACCCUCUACUAACUACAGGCCAGGAAGAGUUUGUGUAUGAGAGUUGCACGCCUCUGCCUGACAGUCCCGGAUCUGUGGAGGGCUCUUUCACGUUUGUUCCGGGGAAGUUGAGCCGGCCUGAAGGAAAGCCAUUUGAGGUCACGGUGGCUGCGUUCCCUCUGGAAAUACCAGAGUACAUCUUCUGAUUUCUGAGGAUUGUACAUAGUAUGAUGCAAUAAUGCACCUGCAUAGAUUUAGUAGUACUUGUUUCAUGUAGCAGCAAGAAUGGGAUUUGCUUGUAAUGAUCUUGUGAAUGCGGCAUAAAUUGUGGCACCUGGAAGUAAGCCCUUUUUUUUGGCGCGUUAAAUGCGUGUUUGAUUUAUCGGAAGCUCCGAAGUCCUUUUAUUUGUUA